AAACAGUUUGCUGGAGUUUUAACAUGACUCUGUGAGGAGACGACGCAUGACCUGGGUGUGCUUGACAUUACUGACUUUGUUUGCUUUACUUGUGUGUCCCAUUCUCUUGUCUGAUCUGACAAGUAGCCUCAAAUCUUUUGAUUUGCCACCAGUGUGGAAGUCAGUCAGUGUAGGUUGUGCAGCUCGGCCCAUUGGUGACGGCUGCCAGCUGCUUUGUCCCUGUUCCACCUGACGGUACUGUUCUGCAGGGAUGCAGCUUCGCCUAGUUAACUUUAAUUGCCUGUUUCCUGUGGAAGUUGCCUGAGCUGCAGCGGCAUUUACACAUAAUGAAAAAAGAUAAGUGUGAAAGGAAGCCAGCUUUUUAUCCAUGAAUAUUGAAUUGGAAGCAAUUUAUUUUGUGAAUUUCCCCCGUUUUCCUCGCUGCUCUCCUCAGCCAUAGCUCGCUAAUGAGGCUUCUUGAUAAUGAUCCCUCCAUGCUUUUCCUCAUUAGGCACACUCAAUAGGGACGUCGCUGCCUCCAUCCUUCGCUCACGCUCCUUUUCUUCUUGUUAUUUUCUGAUUCUGGCUCUUCCUCCUUCUCUUUGUCCCCCUUUUCUUUCUUUUUGCUUGCUUUUGCAUUUCAACAACAACUCGGCUGCCCGACACCAGAGCAGUAUCGAUUACCGAUGCCCCCUCACUUGCUUAUAUCCAUUGUGCGAUAUCAGGUCCAGGCCGACAUAAUGAGCCCACUGAGUAAUGGCCAGCUGCUAAAACAACCUUUAGACGUGGUCUAUUUUCUCCAUUUUAUGUAAUGAAUGUAUGGAUGAGGGUACUGAAGCUCUGUCUAGCGAGCAGACUAGCAAUCAUGUUUUUUUCCUUUGGUGGAGAGGCGGUUGAUGGAUGUGCUAAGUGUUAUUUAACCUUGUUUUAAAGCACUUGCUUCCCUCUUGCCUGAGAGGCUAUUUAACUCCUGUCUAGCUACUCGUGUGUGUGCGCUCUCAGAGGCUGUUUCCUGUUUUUUGUGUUGGAGUGCUAAAGGGCUCUCAGUUGUUCAGGAAAACCUUACUGAUUGAUUUUCGACUGUCCCACCAUGAAGUGCAUUUGUUUGGCAGCAGGUAAAAACCCUCCAGAGCUUAAAUGUCCACCUGGAGCAGUAGGACGUCGUAUCCGAGCUGUGAUGUCUGUGUGUAGAAAGGUUCUAAUAGCUCCAAGAACGUUGGGCUUCGUCCAUGCACCCCAUGAGAUCACUGCAGCAGCUCCAGGCUCAGCACCUCUCCCACGCGGCCCAUGGCCCCCCGGUCCAGCUGCCCCCCCACCCUUCAGGCCUGCAGCCGCCCGGCAUCCCCCCGGUGACGGCUGCCGGCUCCGGCCUGCUGGCUCUGGGGGCUCUGGGCAGCCAGGCCCACCUGCCUGUAAAGGACGAGAAGAACCACCAUGAGCUGGAGCACCGAGGCCCCUCAUCCUUUCACUCGCCUCUGGCCGUCCCUCUGAAAGAACGCGAGUCCAGCACGAACAACUCCGUGUCGCCAUCAGACAGCCUGCGAGCGUCAAGUGAGAAACACCGCAGCUCCUCAGAUUACGGCCCCGACUCCAAGAAGCGAAAAGUGGAUGAGAAAGACAACAUGAGUCGAUAUGACAGCGAUGGAGACAAAAGUGACGACUUGGUGGUGGACGUUUCCAACGAGGAUCCAGCCACACCUCGAGUCAGCCCCGCUCACUCUCCUCCAGAAAACGGUCUGGACAAAUCACGGGUUCUGAAAAAGGAUGCUGGCCCAAACAGCCCCGCCUCCGUCGCCUCCUCAGGGAGCACGCCGUCUUCCAAAGCCAAGGACCACGCCCACAAUGACAAGUCAUCGACACCGAGCCUAAAGUCCAACACACCUACACCAAGGAACGAGGCUCCGACACCAGGGACCAGCACCACUCCAGGACUAAGGCCUCUAACGAUGGGCAAAUCCCAGGGCAUGGAGGCGCUGGCUGCCCCUGCCCUGAGAACGCCUCUGUCCAUCCCGAGUCCCUACGCGACCCCGUUCGCUAUGAUGGGGCAUCACGAGAUGAACGGAUCCCUGACCAGUCCAGGCGUCUAUCCAGGUCUCAUUUCACCACAGAUGAGUGCUGCUGCAGCUGCCGCCUAUGGACGCUCACCAAUUGCAGGAUUUGACCCUCAUCCCCACAUGAGAGCUCCAGGUCUGCCUGCCGGCCUCACAUCCAUUUCUGGAGGAAAACCAGCUUACUCUUUUCACGUGAGUGCAGAUGGUCAGAUGCAGCCCGUGCCCUUCCCUCCAGAUGCACUGAUCGGGCCGGGCAUCCCACGCCACGCGCGUCAGAUCAACACACUGAGCCACGGGGAGGUGGUGUGUGCUGUCACAAUCAGCAACCCUACACGCCACGUCUACACCGGCGGCAAGGGCUGUGUCAAGAUCUGGGACAUCAGUCAGCCCGGAAGCAAGAGCCCGGUGUCCCAGCUGGACUGCCUGAACAGAGACAAUUACAUUCGCUCCUGCAAGUUGCUGCCUGACGGCCGAACCCUGAUCGUCGGUGGCGAGGCCAGUACACUGACCAUCUGGGACCUGGCUUCACAGACACCUCGCAUAAAGGCUGAACUCACGUCCUCCGCGCCGGCCUGCUACGCGCUGGCCAUCAGCCCCGACGCCAAGGUCUGCUUCUCCUGCUGCUCAGACGGAAACAUCGCCGUGUGGGACCUCCACAACCAGACCCUGGUUAGGCAGUUCCAGGGCCACACAGAUGGAGCCAGCUGCAUUGACAUUUCCCACGACGGCACAAAACUGUGGACUGGAGGUCUCGACAACACGGUCCGUUCCUGGGACCUGAGGGAGGGACGUCAGCUCCAGCAGCACGACUUCACCUCGCAGAUCUUCUCUCUGGGCUACUGUCCCACUGGUGAAUGGCUGGCUGUGGGCAUGGAGAGCAGCAACGUGGAGGUUCUUCACCACACCAAGCCUGACAAGUACCAGCUGCACCUGCAUGAAAGCUGCGUCCUCUCACUCAAGUUUGCCUACUGUGGUAAAUGGUUUGUGAGCACAGGGAAGGAUAAUCUGCUGAACGCGUGGAGGACUCCCUAUGGUGCCAGCAUAUUCCAGUCAAAGGAGUCGUCGUCUGUCCUGAGCUGCGACAUCUCAGCAGAUGACAAGUACAUCGUGACAGGAUCCGGAGACAAGAAGGCCACUGUCUACGAGGUCAUCUACUGAAGUGGCUUUGCUGCCGUAGCGCUGCCCUCGACCUCCGUCUGAGCCCCACAGUGGAAUGUGUUGGAAGCCUGGACAGAUCGAGUCCUGUCCGUCUCUGAGGGUGUGGGCUGCACUUUUUCAACAUUUUCCUUUUUCAGAAAAUGUGAGUGUAACGCAGUGAAGCAGUGCUUUAACUCAGAACCUUCCCUAGACGUCCUGUGGAAAAUGUAAAUACUGGAUUAAAUCAGACAUUUUAUACAUAUGAUAAAUAUAUAUUUUCUUGCCCUGGGUGUACUUGGGACGUUUCUUUGGGCCACUGUCUUACACUAUGACAUUCGAGUGGAAGAACAAAACAGGUUAAAACUUUUGAAGGAUCCUACUUUGAUUUUCUUACAGCGCAGUCUCUGCGCUGACCUUUUCACAAAUCAAAUACAGGAGAAGGAAACCUGCAAACUUUAACAUUUUGUGGACAUUUCAAAUGGCCUUUUGUCACAGUGCUCUUACCGGACAAUUACUGCGUGGUCUGAUCUCAGGCAGGGCCUCAGCUGGUUUGGACCACUGUGGGACUGAGCAGAACCUAUGAUUCAGGAACAGAGAUGGAUGUAAAUUUGCUUCAUAUAAAUAUAAAAGUGUUUUUAAAAUGUGUGAAUGUGCUAGCGUUUCCCUCGUUUGAUGACCCUUAACCCUUGGACCUCACUUGGCAGCAGACACGUUGCAGCAGUGACUGUGCUUUCUGCUAAUCUGACGUAAUAUGGCUGUAGAGUUGCUCCAUUGAUUGCAGUCUACAGUCCGAUCUGCUCCACUGGAAUCUUUCUGCCCUUUGUCUCUUAUCCAUAUUCCAGGAAAACGUUUGGGAGGAGGAGACAUGACGCAAUUGACAGCACAGCAUCCGUUUGUGUUGAUAAAAAGUCUUCUGUGCCUGUAAAAUUGGCACAAAAAUGUAAACCGUACAUUAAGUGUCUCCAGUUCUGAUGUGUAAGACGAUGAAUACAUGUGGUUCACGCACUGUGCCCCUGAUCAUGUCAGCAUUUCUCACAAGAACAAGAGGAGAAAUGUUUGUCCCUCUGAAUCACACCAAAGUAUGUAGCAAAUGCUGUCAGCACUGUAGAGAAAUGUACAGUUGUUAAUAAAUCAAUAAACCCGUUUUUAUAGAA